AACGCGAACGAGUGGUCGCGAGGAUAUAAAUAGGACGUAAGCCUCAAACCUCGAUAGACUCUCUCUCUCUCUGCUUGUUGCCAUGGGGGGAGGAUCUUGUACCUUUGUCUUGCUGCUGUUGGCGCUGGUACCAAUCACAGAUGCCUCAGCUGCAGAUGAUGAAAGGCGAAAUUCGCUUUGUACCAGAUGUACAGUGAAUGGUCAAUCGUUUAGCGGUCACUCUAGGUUCACAUACGUUGAUGGCUGCUACAGAUUUCAGUGUACCUGCUACUGUAACGGCACCUGGACCUGCCCUGCUCGGUUUACCAAGGACAUCUGUGGCAGCGGGCGCCAGACACCACCGGCGCCCACCCGAGCCCGCCCGACACCUGCGGCGCCCACCACCGCUCGCCAGCCGACCUGCCAAACCUGCACCGUAGACGGCAGCGACUACGAUGGCAAUUCUUAUUUCACCCACACCGCCGGCUGCAUCCGCUACAGCAACUGCUUCUGCGGAUGUGAUGGCUCGUGGGAAUGUCCGGCUCAGCACGCCAAGAAUACUUGUCUGGGAACAGAAUCCGCCAGUUCAGCCGCCUCGAGCAGCUCACGGCAAGAGAGCGGUUCACGGCAAGAGGGUGGUUCAAGACAGGAGAGCGGUUAUAGGGAAGAGAGCGGUUAUCGGCAAGAAAGCCUUUCACGGCAAGAGAGCGGUUCUCAGGGCAGCAGCAAUAACGGGUACUCCGGCGACAGGCGAUUGGACCAAACCACCCCGGGGAGGGGGACAAACGGCCGCAGGGUCUGCCAACCCUGUCAGGUGGAUGGUCAAAUGAUCAAAGGAGGGAACCACUUUGAUCGGGUGCAGGGCUGCAAGAAAUUCAAAUACUGCUCCUGCAAGUGCGAUGGGACAUGGAGGUGCCCACCCCAGCUAGUUGAAAACACAUGCGGCAGUCCUGAUGAGGCGGAGACCUGCGGUGAAUGUACAGUCAAAGGUCAGACGUUUGAGGGCAACAGACGGUUUGAGCUUAGGGACGGCUGCACGGAGCUCACGGACUGCUUCUGCAGCUGUAACGGCUCCUGGUCCUGCGCCGUUAGCAGGGACAUUUGUCUUUCUACGACGCCGACUCCAGUGACAGACGCCUCAGGCUGCGUCAGCUGUGUCGUCACAGGCCAGCUGUUCCCGCCCAAUGAUUACUUUGACGUCACAGACGGCUGUAUUGCUUACAGAAAUUGCAUUUGUCGGUGUGAUGGAUCCUGGACAUGUCCACCGAACUACGCACGCAAUAUUUGCACUGCGAAUACAACUCCUUCAUCCAGAGCUUCGGCGGAAUGCAGAAAAUGUUCGGCAUUUGGAAAAGAAUUUGAUGGCAAUAGUAGAUUUGAAGCAACGAAUGGGUGCAUAGAGUAUAAAAAUUGUGUAUGCAACUGUGACGGAUCUUGGACAUGUCCACCCAACUAUGCACGCAAUGUUUGCACUGCGAAUACAACUCCUUCAUCCAGAGCUUCGGCGGAAUGCAGAAAAUGUUCGGCAUUUGGAAAAGAAUUUGAUGGCAAUAGUAGAUUUGAAGCAACGAAUGGGUGCAUAGAGUAUAAAAAUUGUGUAUGCAACUGUGAUGGAUCUUGGACAUGUCCACCCAACUAUGCACGCAAUGUUUGCACUGCGAAUACAACUCCUUCAUCCAGAGCUUCGGCGGAAUGCAGAAAAUGUUCGGCAUUUGGAAAAGAAUUUGAUGGCAAUAGUAGAUUUGAAGCAACGAAUGGGUGCAUAGAAUAUAAAAAUUGUGUAUGCAACUGUGAUGGAUCUUGGACAUGUCCACCCAACUAUGCACGCAAUGUGUGCACUGCGAAUACAACUCCUUUAGCCAGAGCUUCGGCGGAAUGCAGAAAAUGUUCGGCAUUUGGAAAAGAGUUUGAUGGCAAUAGUAGAUUUGAAGCAACGAAUGGGUGCAUAGAAUAUAAAAAUUGUGUAUGCAACUGUGAUGGAUCCUGGGACUGUCCCGGCGCGAGUGCAAGAGAUAUAUGUAAGACAAAUUAUCCUCGGAGGGAACUCACCGCCAGGUGCCAAAAAUGUGUUGUAAGAGGAACAGAGUACGAGGGAAACACCUUUUUUGACAUGGAAGAUGGCUGCAUGGCCUACAGGAACUGUGAGUGUAGUUGCAACGGAAGCUGGUCUUGUCCUGAUAACGGUGCUAUGAACAUAUGUGAACGGGAUUCUUCCAACUGCCAGACCUGUGAGGUGUAUGGUCAAACAUUCCCUGGCAACGAAUAUUUUCAAAUUCGCCAGGACUGCACCGAGUACAAAAACUGCAUCUGUCAUUGUAACGGCUCGUGGAUUUGUCCCGAGAACUCGGCCAGGUACUUGUGUGAUGAGAACACGGCGGAAGAGAGCGUCCCUGAGCAGCCACAGAGGUGCCAGUCAUGUAUAGCAUACGGGUCCAACUUCAGAGGAGGAAACUACUUCGAUGUGAUCGACGGGUGCAUCAGCCGUCGCAACUGUAUUUGUAGGUGCGACGGUACCUGGACCUGUAACGAACGCUUUGAUACCAAUAUUUGUCCGAAUGAAACUACAACUGCCUUGCCUGUUACAUCGACAUCACAGAGGCGAACCCCGGCGUCUAGAGAACGUCAAGGAUGCAAUGAGUGUAACGCCAAGAAUAAGAUUGUUAGAGGAAAUUCAUAUUUCGAGUUACGAGAUGGGUGCAUCGAGUACAAAAACUGUAUUUGUAGAUGUGAUGGCUCUUGGGAGUGUCCCGCACAGCAUGCCAAAAAUAUUUGUACAGAGAAUGACCGCACGUCGUAUGGUCAAUGCGAAAUGUGCGUAGCAGACGGGAGAAACUACCGUCCCAACAGCCCUUUCACCUUCACACGGGACUGCGUGGAGUAUAGCUGCAACUGUUUUUGUAACGGCAGCUGGGAGUGUCCCUCAGACAGAAGUCGGUGGGUCUGCCACGACAGGUGCCACCAGUGUAAUGUCGAGGGAAGACAGAUUGAAAACGGCACCGUAUUUCAGCAUAAGACAGGAUGCCUCGAGUAUACGUGCAAUUGUUUCUGCAAUGGCAGCUGGUCUUGUCCAGGGCGUUCUGUAAGAAAUACCUGCCCAGUCGGGGUGAACGAUAACUGUAACAAGUGUGUCAUAAGCCCGACGGAGAUGUAUGAAGGGGAAAGUGAUUUCGUCCUGAGAAAGGGGGAGUGCCUGCGGUACAAGUGCCGGUGUAACUGUGACGGCAGCUAUUUCUGCCCGGGGGAGGAGAUGAGGAAUGUGUGCAGGGGCGAGGAGCUGGGUGGCUGCAGGAGUUGCGUCGUCUCAGACAGCGAGUACUACCCCGGCAACACAGACUUCAGCUUCAGGAAGGACUGCAUGCACCACGAGUGUAGAUGUAACUGUAACGGCUCGUGGCACUGUGACCUGACCAAAUCACGUAACGUUUGUCUAGGGGAAACCCCGGGGGGGUGUAGGGUGUGCAAGAUUUCAGAGAACCAAGUUUACCAAGCUAACCAGUUCUUUGACAUCAGGCAAGGCUGUAACAAUUUUAGAUGCAAGUGCAACUGUAACGGCAGCUAUUUUUGUCCAGGUGAAGACGUGAGAGAUGUUUGUAAAGGCGAAAUACCAGGAGGAUGCAGGUCUUGUAUCAUCUCAGCCAACGAAUACUACCCAGGAAAUAGCUACUUUAAUCUGACGAGAGACUGCGUGCAGUACAGGUGUAAGUGUAACUGUGCGGGCAGCUACUCCUGUCCUGGGAAAACAGCCAGGAGAGUUUGCCAGCAGCCCGCGGUCUGCGGAAAUUGUUUGGUGUCCGACACGGAACGGUUUGCCGGAAACUCGAGCUUCUCUCUCUCCCGAGGCUGUAGCCGCUACGAGUGUACAUGCAACUGCAACGGCAGCUGGUCGUGUCCAGCCUCCAACACCAGGAACACCUGCACCGCUGAAAGCACAUCUCAGUGCAGCUCGUGCAGCGUGCACAGUCAAGUGUACCCCGGGAACACCACGUUCAAGUUUAGCCGAGGGUGUCAGCAGUAUGACUGCAGGUGUACCUGCAAUGGCCGCUGGGAAUGUGAUGUGAAGAAACCAGUAAACAUUUGCAAUGAAAAAACGCUCAAGUCAAAAGUCGUGCCAGCCAGGACAAGGCAGGAACUGAGUUAUCAAAAUCCAUCGCAGACGACAGAAAGUGGAAAUGUCUUGACUAGAUCGAGCGUCAGGUCUUCUUCCAAUAUCGGGUACCAGAGCCUCGCAGCUGAAGACACGCAGGAGCGGGCCGUCAAUACACAAGCGGCUGGAUCUUACGUCACCGCCAGGUGUAGGGCUUGUGUGGUGCAUGGGGCGCAGUUUCCACCAGCCGAGGCUUUUUCCUUCGAGAAGGGCUGUAUCCGUCUCCGCAAUUGCAGAUGUUUUUGUAACGGGACAUGGCAGUGCAGGGAAGAGUCAAACACGUGUGACGUCAAUCCGAGACUGGUCAACUUCCAAUCAAACGGGACCCAUCGGAGACUGACCUUCAACUCGCCCGCUAAAUUACCGGUGGCUGUCCCGCAAAAAAAAGUCGUAGUUGACGCUUCAGCCUGGGUCUACGUCAACGGCAGCGAUUCUUCGUUCGUCAAAACACCCGACCCCCAGACUGGCGGUGGGUACUCGGUUCAGAUUGAUACCAAAUAUCAUCAAAACACGCCCCCGCCCGGGGUGCCCCAGAGAGAAGACUCCCACUACUCUCAGUCCUACUCCCGGGAGAGCACUGGGAUCAGCCAUUGUCAGCAGUGCAAAGUCGACGCCAUGACAUACCCCACCGGCGCCCAUUUUGACAUGCGCAGAGGGUGCGUGGUUUACAAGUGCUACUGCAUGUGCAGCGGGUCUUACCGUUGCCGAUUGACGUCUGAUAAGGACUGCUCCCCCACAGGGGCGCCGUGUUCAAACUGUGUGCACCUCGGUAUGGUCUACCCUGGCGGUAUGGGCUUCACUGUUGAGGAAGGAUGUUAUGAAAGACAAUGUAAAUGCGAAUGUAAUGGUAGCUACACAUGCCCCAUCAACAGGCUCAAACCGGGAUGUUCAACGGAUCCAUCGCAGUGGAAUGGGUUCGCCGGUCACGGCAACUUUUACCCCAGCCAACCUGGAAACUACCCGGGAGGAACCGGUUACAUAACAGGCCGGCGGUUCGUUACCUCUACGUGUGCUGACUGCGGUGUUGACGAGAUGAUCCCCGUGUACCAACAGCCCGUGUUCCCAGUUUCUGAUGGCGCUGACAACAACGGUCCCUGCAGGGUUUGCAACGUGGACGGGCAGAACAGGGAGGGCAACUCCACCUUCACCUUUGUCAAAGACUGCAUUGAGUUCGACUGCUACUGCGCCUGCGCGGGAUCCUGGCGGUGCGCAGGUCGCAUCUCACCUGGCUGUAAACCUGGCUUCGAGCCCGGGACGGUUCCUCACGAGUCUGCGUGUCGAAGCUGUGACGUGUACGGGACAAAAUAUCCUCCAAACGAAAUGUUCGCCUAUAGACCAGACAGAUGUUCUGAGCUCCAGUGUAUGUGUAACUGUGAUGGCUCGUGGAAAUGCCCGAAUCAGGUUCCCGUCAAUAUCUGCACGAUGCAAAGAUCUCCAGGAAGAGUUGCCGAUCCUUUGAUUGCCGGGGACGAUGUUUAUAUCUCUGAUCAGAGCGUGGCAAACGACCAACAAAGCCGCCAGACCAACUGCAAGCAGUGCCGGAUACAAGACGCGAAAUAUCCUGGCAACUCCAAGUUUUUCUACAGGGAAGGCUGCAUCCAGCGGAUCUGCGACUGUAACUGUGACGGCACCUGGUCCUGCUCGGAAGAAAACAAGGUGGACAUUUGCAAGUUCGAGGUCAAAGAGUCCAAACCGGUGGGUGAGUGUCGAGACUGCAGGGUCGGGGCGGACGUGUUCAACCCACAGAGAAGUUUUCAAAUCAGAACCUCCUGCUACCUACAGAACUGCUACUGCUUUUGUAACGGGACCCACGUUUGCCCUAUGGAGAAAAUAUUUUUCUUGUGUGAUACCCCAGACGGGCGAGAAUCCCGGGGGUCGGGCCAGUCUGCUACUUCCUUAACCUCGUCCGCCAUGGCAUCGUCUGUCGUGGCAGUGGGCCAGCAGACGAGAUCUGGCGGGAGCUCGGGCCGAGAGAGCGGGUAUGUGGAGGUGGAAGGGUGCAGCGACUGUCAGAUGGACGGUUCCAGCGUGCGCACGCUCCGGUCGUUCAUACGUCAGCUCAACUGUCACGAGACCCUGUGCUUCUGUCAGUGUAACGGCACCGCUGUCUGCCCCGCCAGCUCAUCCGUCAACACGUGCGAUCUGCCGGACAAGAAACCCAUGAACGAAAGACCAGGUUGUAAGGUGGAGAACAAGACCUACUUGACCCGAGUGUUCCCUAAAGUCGAGGACUGUCUCGAGAGGACGUGCAUCUGUCAUGACGACGGGACAUGGACUUGCAGACGACACGAGAAUGACAGGAGAGUCUGCUAAUGACUCUGUGGCUGUCUUUUAAUUUAUUAUCAAUGUAUCCUAUUUUAUGGAUAUAUUAAUUUUUUUGUUACGAUUAUCUUCUUACUAUUAAUUUCUUUAAAAAAUCAUUUAUUUGUUAAAAUACUCCAACUGAACUAUUUUUUAAUACGCGAUCUUCUGCAGACGAUUGCUUGAAUAUUUCACACUGCCUUUGAAAUAGUUCGAAAAUCUUUCAUACAAUAAUAAAAAGGAAUCAUUACUUCAACAAUAUAAACAUGUUCAUUACCAUCUCAUGUAGGCCUAUGCUAUACUACUUAGGCAGUCUUCAGUUUUGCUUUAUUUUCUGUAAUUAGUGUGUGUGUGUAUGUGUGCUGACAUUUAAAAAAUAAUCUCUAACAGAAGCAAUCCAUUCCAGUUUAUGUAACAGCCAUUCUGUUAGAGAGUAGCUCUUUGAACUCUAAACAUCAUUGCCUUUUGUUACACGGCAAGUCAUCACUCAACUCAAAACUCGCCUGUCAAUUUACUCCGAAAAAAAUUUAGCAAUAUUUCAAAAUAUGUCCGUAAGUUUAAAAAAAAAUAACAUUCAAAGCAGAUCCGCAAAAAUGCAGUCCGAGCAUAAGCCUAGCAGUUUGAAACAGUAUUACCCUCCCCCCCUUCCCUUAUUACUCAUUUUUACAUCAUAAUUCACAUAUUUCUAUCUUGUAUUUCAUUAUGAUUUCUUUUGUAAUGUAAUGUAUACUAUGCGCGGUUUUUUUCUCUUGCUUAUUAAAAUGGCAUUUGUAUUAAAAGUAACUCUCUA